AUCAAAAUGAAGUAUUUUUGUCGUACACUACUUACAUUUUGGUCUAUACUCAUUCAUCUUUUCUCUCUCUCUAUAUUGAAAUCAAUAUGGUUUACUCCAAACAUCACUGUCUUUGCAUCAGGAAAUGAAACAGAGCAUUUGGCAUUGCUGAAGUUCAAGGAAUCCAUAUCCAAUGAUCCAAGUAGAAUCAUGCUUUCUUGGAAUACUUCUACGCACUUCUGUAACUGGCAUGGAAUCACGUGCAAUUCUGUGCUUCAAAGAGUUACAGAGUUGAAUUUGAAAGGAUACAAGUUGAAGGGAUUCAUAUCUCCAUAUGUAGGCAAUCUAUCUCACAUGACAUAUUUCAACAUUGGAAAUAACAGCUUCUACGGAGAAAUCCCCCAUGAAAUAGGUAAGUUGUCAAAACUUCAGUACCUUUCUGUUGCAAAUAACUUAUUGUUGGAAGGAAAAUUUCCUUCAAACUUGACUGCUUGCACUGGCCUCAAAAUCUUGCACCUAUAUGGGAACAAUCUUACUGGUGAAAUACCAGUCGAAAUUCUCUCACUUCAGAAGCUUCAACAACUAAUCCUUUGGAAGAACAAUUUUUCUGGAAGAAUCCCAUCCUUCAUGGGGAAUCUUUCAUCCCUAAUCUAUCUCUCCCUAAGUGUUAACAACUUUAAUGAAAACAUUCCACAAGAAAUUUGUCGUCUCAAACGAUUGACAUUUCUAUCAUUAGACAUCAACAAAUUAACCGGAGUAUUUCCUUCUUGUCUUUAUAAUAUGUCAUCUCUUACUGUAUUCUCUGCGAACCAAAAUCAACUUAAUGGUUCUUUGCCAUCUAACAUGUUCCACACCCUCUCCAAUCUCCAAGCGCUUUAUAUUGAUGGGAAUCAAAUCUCAGGACCAAUCCCAUCUUCCAUAGCAAAUGCAUCCACCCUUUCAAUACUUGGUAUGGAUGAUAACAAUAUUUAUGGGCAAGUUCCAAGUAUGGGGAAGCAAAGACAUCUUCAAUCUCUAACUUUAGGUCUAAACAAUCUAGGUGACAAUUCACCAAAUGAUUUGGAGUUUUUAAAAUCAUUGACAAACUGUAGUGAGUUACAAGUGUUGUCUUUGGCUUACAAUAAUUUUGGAGGACGUUUGCCAAAUUCUUUGGGCAAUUUAUCCACCAAACUCAGUGAAUUGUAUCUCGGGGGCAAUCAAAUAUCAGGAGAUAUUCCAGCCACAUGUGGAAAUCUAAUUGGCUUAAUUCUUUUUACUAUGGAACGAAAUCUCAUUCAUGGAAUUAUUCCAAUAACUUUAGCGAAGCUACAGAAGUUGCAAGUGUUGGACUUAAGAGGAAACAAAUUGUCAAGCUUAGGAACCUUUAUAGGCAAUCUCAGUCGACUGUAUUAUUUGGACGUGGCAAAAAACAUGUUACAAGGAAGUAUUCCUCCAAGUCUAGGAAAUUGCCAAGAUUUGCAACAUUUAGACCUUUCCCAGAACAAUCUCACGGGAACAAUACCACUGCAGGUUUUUAAUCUUUCAUCUCUAGCUACUGUAUUUUCAUUAUCACAAAACUUUUUGAGUGGCAAUAUACCAGAAGAAGUGGGCAACCUGAAAAAUCUCAACUCGCUAUAUUUGUAUGAGAAUCGUUUGUCUGGUCACAUUCCAAAAACUAUUGGAGAAUGCAUAAUGUUAGAGGAACUCUAUUUGAAUGGGAAUUCUCUACAAGGAAGCAUCCCUUCUUCUUUGGCAUCACUCAGAGGUCUUCAAAGUUUAGACCUCUCGCGAAACCUCUUGUCUGGAUCGAUUCCUAGUGUUCUGCAGAGCAUUUCUUUGUUGCAAUAUUUCAAUGUAUCAUUUAACAUGUUGGAUGGCGAGGUACCAACUAAAGGCAUAUUUAGUAAUGCAAGUGGGAUAAUUGUGACCGGAAAUAGUAAUCUUUGUGGAGGUAUUUCAAAGCUGCAUCUACCAUUAUGUCCAGCCAAAGCCACCAAACAAGCAAGGCAUCACUCACUCAGGUUAAUAGCAAUUAUAGUAAGUGUAGUUGCUUCUCUUCUCAUAUUGUUGGUUAUUCUAACAAUCUACUGGAUGAGGAAAAGGAGUAAUAAACCAUCUUUGGAUUCACCAACAAUAGACCAACUGCCUAAAGUUUCAUACCAAAGCCUAUACAAUGGAACAAAUGGGUUCUCAUCUUCAAACUUGAUCGGAUCAGGAAGUUUUAGCUCUGUAUAUAAAGGAACUCUUGAGCAAGAAGACAAGAUUGUUGCCAUAAAGGUCCUAAACCUUCAAAAGAAAGGAGCAGACAAAAGUUUCAUUGUUGAAUGCAAUGCACUUAAAAAUAUUAGACAUCGAAAUCUGGUUCCGACUUUGACUUGUUGCUCUAGCACAGAUUACAAAGGUCAAGAAUUCAAAGCUAUAAUUUUUGAGUAUAUGACAAAUGGAAACCUAGAACAGUGGAUUCAUCCUGAGACACCAAGUGCACAACACAUGAGAAGAUUGAGCCUUCAUCAACGAUUAAACAUCACAAUUGAUGUUGCUUCUGCAUUGCAUUAUCUUCACCACGAGUGUGAACAAUUGAUCAUUCACUGUGAUAUAAAACCAAGCAAUGUUCUUCUUAAUGAUAGCAUGGUUGCACAUGUGGGUGAUUUUGGUAUAGCAAGACUUUUGUCAACUUUCAAUCACACCACUUCUGGGCAAACAAGUACAAAUGGAAUAAAGGGUACAGUUGGCUAUGCUCCUCCGGAGUAUGGAGAGAGGUACAAGGUGUCAACUUACGGUGACGUGUAUAGUUUUGGAAUUCUUAUAUUGGAAAUGCUUACCGGAAGAAGACCUACAGAUGAAAUGUUUAAAGAUGGUCAAAAUCUUCGUAACUUCGUUGCAGUUUCAAUUCCUAAUAAUCUUUUGCAGAUUUUGGAUCAAAGAAUCAUUUCAGAGUAUGAAGCAACUGCAGUGGAAGGAAACUGCGGUAAUCUUAAUGCAGAGGCUGAAAAGUGUGUAGUUUCGCUUUUCAGAAUCGGACUUGCUUGCUCUGUGGAAUCACCAAAAGAAAGAAUGAAUUUGGUUGACGUUAUCAGAGAGCUUAAUCAAAUCACCAAGGUUUCUUCUUUACUGGAGAUGACAAUCGAGUAGGAUUAAAGUUGAAAUCAAAUUCUACAUGAUGAUGGAGACAGAUUGCUGGAUAAUUGCGAAUAAAGUUAGACCGAGGGUAAAAUUGUCUGCUAAUUUGCCUGAGAUGUUAUAUUCAUUUAAAUAAAUUAGUUUAUUAUCAAUGCAACAUUCUCAUGAACUUUAACAAAUGUAAUGUUCCAUGCACUCAAUAUACUUAUUGUGCU